ACUGUCACAAGCAAAUAGCGAUAGUGACAGCCCAAAACAAAAAGGCACGCACGAUAGCCCUAGCAGACAAAUUGAGAGACCUAUACCAUGACCUUAACACGCUCAAUGCCCAGAAAACCCAAAACUACCUACACAGGCUACUAGCCACCACAUAUAACAACAGUGGUAAAGCAUCCAAAUACUUGGCCAAUAGACUUAGAACACAACAAGCCGCCAAAAGAAUCCCAUACCUUAUGGUACACACAGGGGACAAACUCAUGAUCCCCAUGGACAUAGUACAGGAAUUUUCCCAUUUUUACAAACAAUUGUAUAAUCUAGACUCAAGCGGUGGAGCUACAGCCCCAGAGACACAAUCCAUCCACAGCUACUUACAGGAUCUUGAACUACCCAAACUGGGACAAGACUCU